CUGCGCGAGGACGGGCGGGAACCUUCGCCGGGCGGCUGAAGAGGCUUGGGGCGGCGGUCGACAUGUUCCAGGGCGUGGAUGGCGAGGCCGGCCGGGCAGGCUCCAGGGCCAUGAAACCCCCAGGAGGAGAAUCUAGCAAUCUUUUUGGAAGUCUGGAAGAAGCUGCUCCUUCAAACAAGCCUAAUAGAAUGGCAUCUAAUAUUUUUGGACCAACUGAAGAACCUCAGAAUGUACCCAAGAGGACAAAUCCCCCAGGAGGGAAAGGAAGUGGAAUCUUUGAUGAAUCAACUCCUGUGCAGACCCGACAACGUCUGAACCCACCUGGUGGGAAGACUAGUGACAUUUUUGGUUCCCCAGUCACUGCAGCUUUACCCUUGGCACACCCAAACAAACCCAAGGACCAUGUUCUUUUGCGUGAAGGAGAAGAACCAAAAUCAGACCUUAAAGCUGCAACAAGCACCUCACCACAAGAAGAGCUGGGGACAAAGAGCAGCUUGAGAGAAGUGGACCAUACCAAGGAGCUGGAGCCCAUACCCACAGUUGACAACCAUGAGCCCAGGCUGGGGCCACGGCCUCGUUCUCAUAACAAGGUCUUGAACCCACCAGGAGGCAAAUCCAGCAUCUCCUUCUACUGAGAGGCUCCUUAUAGCCAGACCAGAAACGUGAGAUAGGAUAUCAGAUGUUAUCAUCUUCUUUAAC